AUGGGCUCAGUCAGACCUCUGUUUGAUCACACCAUCACAGAGGAGAUACCCAGAGAUUGUGUGGGUGUGCGGUUCACCUAUGCUGUGUUUGAUGACCUGCGCUCAGUGCUGGAGUUCGCGGUCAGUCGGCGGUGUGAGACCAACACCGGACUCUGUCCCGCGGAUUUUGAGAAUCACGGACGCUACUGUAGCACCGAAAACACACGGCACGCGCGCGCACAUACAGCCUGCAGACACACUCGACCGACAGAGAAAAAGAGUGAGGAAGAUAAAGAGACUGACACAGAGAGUGAUUUAAUAGUAAACACCCAAACAAGAGUAAGGAAAGCAGUGCAGAACAUCCUGGCAGCUUUAGCACAACCAACCGAAAAACUCAAACUUAAGCCAACACAAAACCAUCUGAGAAUCGGAGGUGAAUCAGAGAGAACUCAAACCACCGUGACCCCAUCCAGCAUCAGAGAGGCCAGUCCAUCCAUGUGGAUCAUUCCAGCGCUGUUCCUUAAACCUGCCGUUCACAGCGGAUCACCAAGAGCAACAGCUCACACAGCUGCACAACCAACUAAGAACCACAAGACCACAUCUGCGGUUCCUCUCAAACCCAUCAACACAUGGACCACAACAUCAGGCCAAGCUGCUGUCGAAACUGCACCCCAUCCUCAGAAGCCUCCACGUCCCGUCCUGGAUCACUCACGGGUCUCACCGGUUCCGGAGAGGGAGGCGCUGCUCUUUGCCUGGUCUUUAUUGGAGGCUGCUGGACUGUCAGACCUGCAGCAGCAGCAAAGUGACUCUGAAGAAUGCAGCACUUAUUUCCUCCAGUACAGUGCAUCUGGACAGGUGUUGAGGGACAUGUCUGCUCUGGGAGAAAUGCUGUACUGUCUGACCGGACGAUGUCCACAUGAGUAUCAACACUACGGCUGCUACUGUGGACAGCAGGGGACAGGAAACCCAGUGGACCAACUGGACCUGACGUGUCUCUGUGUCGGGUGCUGUUUGGAGCAGCUCAGUGUUCUGGGCUGCAGGAGAAACAGAAAAGUCAACGCUCGCAUCAGCUGCCACAAAGGAAACCCCAGAUGUAUGGCAUUACACACACACAUAAUGCGCAUAGCGUGUGAUCGACUGCAGUGCGUCUGCGAUCGUUCACACUUCAGUCAGUCAGUCACCUCCUCGUUUUCUGGUCCCCAGCCACCAUGCCACCGUAAGUAUCAUUCUUAAGCACAAUCAGCCAGUCAGGACUCCAGUGAGGAGAGCAAUGAAAUGACCGCAGCCUGGGCUCAAAUGAACACACAAACCAUCAAACAAAACCCCACACACAGCAAACCAGAGGAGGACAUCAAAGAGGAGGAGCCAGGAAAAGAAAAAGAAGAGGAGGAGGAAGAAAAAGAAAUAGAAGAAGAUGAGGAAGAAGAAUUGGAGCAAUAGACUGAUGUGGUUCUAUAAUUUAGAUAUUUUCAGGGAACUCUCGAUGAUACUGAGGAAUCAGUCAAAAAAGAUGACGCACACAUUUAAUGAAAAGUUGAGCUCAGUCUGACCUGACUCAGUAUCCAGCAGUCACACAAGAUCAUCAAAGAUCUGCUGUUCCUUUUCUGCUGGUGUUUGACCUAUUAAAAGGCUGUGCUGGAUCAUAAAUUCCAGCAGUUGAAUUUUUUUAUAUUUCGCAGUAUUUUUUUAUCUGAUGUAUCUGAUAUGUAAUAACAAAAUAAUUUUUUGUUUAUGUAGAAAUUGGUAUUAUUCAAUUUAGUAUUUUUUUGUACUUCAGCUUAAACCUUUUUCAAUACAUUUUCAAGACAUAAUUUAAAUCUAAUAUUUAUAUUUUAUUUUAGCUUAUUUAAAAUAGCAAAAAUGUUUUUUAAAGUUUUAGUUUAAAGUUAACAAAAAAAAAAAACAUCUAGGUGAAUCUCAUGAAAAAUAUCAUAUUCAAGUCA